GAGUGUUCUACUUCCAUGAAACCUUCAGUUAUCGUUGGUACUAGAAUGACAAACUGUACGGGAGAUGGCAAUGCAUGAUGCAAAUUUCAGUGCUCACUUUAAUGGUGGUGAUAAGACCAAUGGUUUUACUGAUCAAAAGAACAUGAGACUCUUUGAAGCAAGGAGGAAGUCACAUAAAGCUAUAAUGUCGAACUCUGUGAAGAAGCCACAUGCACUCAAGAAAACAUCUAGAAAACGAAAGAGUUUGAUUCCUAUUGGAAAAGCAGUGGGUGGCUACAAGAAGACUCGGAAGCAUCAACACAGGCAUUGUGGUUUAAAGAAAAGGAGUUGGGAAGUCAAUAACAAGCCAUUUAGGUCAAAGACAGGCACAUCUAAAGAAGAAGAAGAAGAAAAAGAAGAAGCAGAAGAAGAUGAAGAGGAAGAUGAAUCUGAAGAGGAAGAUUAUGAUAAUCUUCCUACGGAGGAAGAGUUGGAUAAAUAUUUAAUGGACUUUGAUUACUCCACUUUGACUGAAUUCGAAUCUGAGAUUGAUAGACACAAAAAAUUUAUUGAGAAGCUUUGCUUACUUUUUCUUGUUCCUUAA